AUGUCAUUUUUCAAAAUCAACUUUUUGCAAUUUUUUUUUUCUAGGUAGUGUCUUUCCUUAAGGCAGUGCAGACUUGUUAAGCUUGUCUAAUGUUUGCACCUUGGCAUUGGACUUUCGUUGUCUUUGACUUUCCUUGUCUCGUUUCUCUGAUCUCCUCAACAGUGCCGGCCGAAGCAGCCUUUCAGGACGAUGUGGACAGCGAGAGCGACUUCUCUUCCUCAAGAGGCAAGCUGGUUGAGUCGCAACCCACGACGCGGCCACGAUACGAGGGCAUGUACAACUGCGAGUUCUGCCCUUACUCCUGUCGUAGUCUUUCUUAUGUCACCAUGCACGAAAGGACACACACGGGAGAAAAGCCUUUCCGCUGUGUCUGUGAGAGAGCAUUUUCUCUAAGCGGUCAUUUACGAAAUCACAUGAGGACUCACACGGGGGAGAAACCAUUCCGUUGCGAGGUUUGCCAGAAGGCGUUCGCCAGAAGUCAUCACCUGACGAUUCACAAAAGAGUACACACGGGUGAGAAACCAUACCAGUGUGGCACCUGUGAGAAAGAAUUUGCAUAUAAAAGCAACUUAUUGAGUCACGAGAGAACCCACAGUGAAGAGUGGCCUUACAAGUGUGAAGUCUGUGGGAAAAUGUUUAAACAGGGUCGCCACCUAAGUAGGCAUCAAAAAAAAGUGCACAAGUGAGGGAUCUGGGUCAUGCGAUAUCUGGAGGUAUAAAGGGACUCUUUCAUGUUUUAUCGUGCGUUUCACUGUCUGUCUGUUGUUUGUUCAAACGAAGUUGAGAAAAAGGCAUAUGUACCAGUUCUAAACAUUAUCAGUUGCAAUUAGGCAACAGCAGCGGGUACAGCUAUGUAGAUUUUUUUGUUCAAUACAGUUUAGCAACUUCCAACUUCAGGUUGUUUUUUUUUUAGGACGAUGAACAAGCUACUUGUUCAUUUUGAGUGGAUGAGGAUCAGGAUGCUUAUUAGGCACCUUGAAUCCUAUGUAUAGAUAUUUGUAAUGACAUUUUAAAAUGUGAUUCCUUUGAAGUUCUCUGGGUUUUCAUGCAUUUUAACCUAGUUUUUUUCACAUUGCUCCAGUUUGAAUUGGGUUCCUGAGGUUGUAAAAAGAAAUGUGUGAGUUACUGCAAUUCUCAAUUCUUUUGUGGAUUCAGUGAAUCGCAAAUAAACUACUUUUUCCGUACAAGGGAUUGCCUUACUGCCCUUUUACGAGCUAUGC